AUGGACAAAUAUCAAAAGAACGCAGUAACUGAUGUAUGGACGGAAUUAAUAAAAUCAAUGCCACCAGAACAUAUGAGCAAUAGAUUAAUCCAAAAAAGAAUACUAGCUAUCGACGAUUUGGAAGAAUUGAAAAAAUGUUCAACACAGAAUGACAAAAAUACUUAUAUUCUAACGAUUGUUAUGAAAUGCCCAGAUAGCAACAUUUUUCGUAUUUUUAUUGACGCAUUGCAAAGUAUUGAAACUACAGCAAAUAUCUUAGCAAAAAAAUUAGAAACAGCUUACCAACUACAAAAGGAUGGGCAGCAACAGAAGAUGACAGCCGAUCUCAUCGCCGGAGAGGAUGAAUGGAAUGAAGACGACUGGUUAAACUGUAUUCAGUUUGUUGCUAAAAACUUGGGUAAGAAAUGGAAAAUGCUUGGAAGAAGGCUCCACUUAACAGAAUCACAGAUAAUUGAUUGUGAGGAAAAUAAUCGUGGAAAUAUUCUUGAAGCAAGAACGUCAAUGUUACUAUCCUGGAGAGAUGCGUGGUUAGAUGCGGCGCCAUCAUCAAAGAAGGGCGAAUUAAUUGAAGCCUUAAAAAAAUGUGAUUUAAAUCUUAUUGCCCACAAGGUAUCUCAAAAACAGUGGUAA